UAACAGGAAGCUAACGGGAAGCUGAGGACUCUCAUGGUGAACACGGAGGAAUAAAAACGCUUCCAGCUGCUGUGAGACUGAACACUGAAGCUCUGCAGCUCUGCUGUCUGCUGGGAAACAAACACACUCACAAACAGUCACAGUCGGCGGCUGAGCGGCGUGCGGCGGGAUGAGCGGCGCGGCUCUGGGCAUUGAGAUCGUGGUGGUGUUUUUCUUGGCGCUGUUCCUGCUGCAUCGGUAUGGAGACUUCAAGAAGCAGCAGCGCAUGGUUCUGUUCGGCACGCUGCUGGCUUGGUACCUCUGCUUCCUCAUCGUCUUCAUCCUGCCUCUGGACGUCAGCACGACGAUCUAUAAACAGUGUAAGAUCGACCACGAGGAGCACGCUGCGCCCAACGCCAGCCCCCUGCCGUCCAAUCACAGCGCAGCAAACACGACUGUCACACCUACGAAAAGCACUCUGAAGGCGUGCUACAAGCCGUGGAGCUACAUCCCUGAUGGCAUCAUGCCGGUGUUCUGGAGGGUCGUUUACUGGACGUCUCAGUGCCUCACGUGGCUGCUGCUGCCCUUCAUGCAGUCCUACGCUCGCUCCGGAGGUUUCUCCAUCACCGGGAAGAUUAAAACUGCGCUGAUCGAGAACGCCAUUUACUACGGUACCUACCUGCUGAUCUUCGGCUCGCUGCUCAUAUACGUGGCUGUUCACCCUGAGUGGCAUCUGUCCUGGUACGAGCUGCAGACCAUCGGCAUCACGGCGGCUAACACCUGGGGUCUCUUCCUGCUGGUGCUGCUGCUCGGCUACGGAUUGGUGGAGAUCCCUCGCUCCUACUGGAACGCCUCGCGCCACGGACACCUGCUCAUCAAGACCUACUUCAAGGCGUCCAAGCUGAUGACGGAGAAGGCCGACGCGGAGGAGAACCUGGAGGACAUGAUGGAGGAGGUCAGAAAGGUCAGCGAGUCCAUCAAAUACAACCAUCCACUGAGGAAGUACAUCGACACCAUCCUCAGGAAGUGUCCGGUGGAACACCAGGAGAAGAUGGGCAGGAACAUGGACGACUACGAGGACUUUGAUGACAAACAGAACUCGUAUCCCAGCGAGAAGAGUCUGUCCAAGCUUCAUAAACAGGUGAUCUAUGCGGUGCAGAGACACAACAGGACUCGAGUGCAGUGGCAGAUCCUCCUGCAGCAGGCCAUCCACCUGGAGGACGUAGCCAAGAACGAAACCAGUUCAACUCACCAGUUCGUCCACAGCUUCCCGUCCUCUGAGCCGGCCGGCUGGUUCAGCAGAUACGUUUACACACCGACUGUAGAGUGGUACUGGGAGUGCCUCCUGAAGUGUUGGUUCUACCGGCUCCUGUCAGUGGUUCUGACCCUGUUCAGCGUGGCCGUGGUUUGGUCUGAAUGCACCUUCUUCAGCACCCGACCCGUCCUGUCCCUGUUCGCUGUGUUCAUCCAGCUGGCUGAGAGGGAUUACAACUACCUGUACAUAGAGAUGGCGUGCUUCAUCACCAUCUUCUUCCUGUGCACCUGUGUUUACUCCACGGUGUUCCGUAUCCGUGUGUUUAACUACUACUACCUGGCUUCCCAUCACCAGACCGACGCCUACAGCCUGCAGUUCAGCGGCAUGCUGUUCUGCCGUCUCACCCCCCCGCUGUGUCUGAACUUCCUGGGUCUGAUCCACAUGGACUCGGCCAUCUCCCACCAGCAGAAGGAGCAGACGGCCUACACCUCGAUCAUGGGAUCGAUGAGAGUCCUCUCCUUCAUCGCUAACGGCUUCUACAUCUACUAUCCCAUGCUCAUCGUCAUCCUCUGCAUCGCCACGUACUUCAGUUUGGGAACUCGAUGUCUGAAUCUUCUCGGCUUCCAGCAGUUUGUAGGCGACAGUGAAAUGACCUCUGACCUCAUCGACGAGGGAAAGGAGCUGAUUCGCCGAGAGAAGAGAAAACGGCAAAGGAUCGAAGACGGAGAGAACAGACGGAGAGAGUGGAAGGAGCGCUACGGCAGCCAGCGGGACGAUUACACCGCGAGGAACCGCAGCAGCCACGAGAUGAAGGAGACGAGCUACUCUGAUACUGUGAAUACGAAUAACAGACAGGCUAAAUACUCCCGUGCGAGCGGUCGAGCAGAGAGAGAUUGCAUCGAGCUGCUGCAGGACGCCGAACCUUUAGACUUUAACGCCGACUCUCUGACCGACGAGCCGCUGGACUCAGAGUCUGGAAGACACUCGGGAGGACGAUAUCUGUCCAUGUCGUCGUCUCGCAGUCGGAUAUUUGACGACGUCUAACGGAGGAAACGUGAAGGAGAGCCAUAAACUGGAACGCACAUCACUGUCGCCGCCUGCAGAGAGGAGCUGCAGUCACCUGAAUGUACCACAUGACCUCCACCACAGCACACACCUGUCCUCCCAGGAUGCACGCACGCACAUCCUGCAGCUGUCAGCAGGUGUCCACGUCCAGCGUGGCUGCAGGUAAAUGAAGGAACACUGCAGCGGAUGAAGCCUUUGAUAUGAACGCUGCUGUUCCUGAGAGCUGCAGACGUCCGAGCAGCCGCUGCAUGUACGAACCCUCACAGGAACAUUUCUGUUUGCUUUUCUUUCUGUUUUAAAUGUUCUGCUCAUCCUCUCUGCUCCUGUCACUCACUGCUGCUCAAUUUAUACUAUAUGAUAUUCAUUCAUUAUGCAGCUCUCACAUGGAAGCAAAUAAUACCCUAAACAUUAUGAACAACUGAAUACAUCGUUUCAUUAAACCAACACUGAACCAUAUUUACGUUCCACCUCUGCAGUUUAUAUUUUUAGCAUUAAAAUAUUGAACAGAGUGGAGCGUCUGAAAAAAGGGGAUUCGAAGUUUGAGUUUUUCAACCAACUCAGAUUUUAAAAAAUUGAAGUCAAGUUAAAAACAAAAAAGAUCCGGUUAUUUAUUUAUUUAUGUAUUUAUAUCUGUAUUUAUUUCAGGGGAAGCUGCUCAGUACAAACUCAGCAGCUUCAGCUUCAGGUCACAUGUUUGUUACAUUAUGAGACGAUAAAACGCUGAUCAUGAAGUUUAAAACGGUUUAAAGAAGGAAAACACACUGACAGGAUGUUUAACGUGAUCAGAUAAACUGAGUCUGAUUAAUCUCAUUCAGACUGGUGAUGUCAUAGUGAUGUCACAGAGUCCUGGAGUACACUGUGACAUCACUGUGACAUCACUGCAGCGAGGUGAGACGCUCAACCAACAUAGCUCUGAAAAAACACACAGACACAGACACACACACACACACACAGUCAGGGAGACACACACACACACACACACACACACACACACACACACAGUCAGGGAGACACACAGACACACACACACAGUCAGGGAGACACACAGACACACACACACACUCUCUCUCUAUCACCAGUCCUUCUGGACUUUGAUGUUUUCACAUUCAGAAAUCUGAGACGACAAACUGAACUUCCUCCC